ACUUCUGGUAUGUUAGGAAUGGAGUCCUCAUAGCACGUUCUGUCCAUGAGGCCCUCUCCAGGUCUGGGAUCAGCUACACUUUCUGAACACGAGAAUGCUUGAUAAUGGCAGGCUGGCUUGAGUUCAGUGUUUGGCAAGGUUGGUCAAGUCUGGAUCCCCUAAUGUGGACCAUGCAGAACUGGCCCAGCCUAUAAAUAAUACUGACAAAUUUUAGAAGAAAGAACAUUGAACCUGGAGAAAACGAGGGGAAGCGUUGUGAAAUGAAGGUAGGCUUGUGAUGCAGAGAUUUUGAAGAAUUGUAGUUUGAUGACCAGUAUCAAUUUAUUUUUCAAUCUCUAAUAUAUAUUGUAUUUAUAAUUUCAGAUUGAUAUUGCAGCAGGUUACUUUUUCCUUAAAGUCAUGCCAGUGUUGCUGUUGUUGGCUCUGGUGUGCCCUGUAACUUCUACACAAUUGUCAGCAUUAGACUCAUGUGGGCCAGAGGUUGCGGCUCUCAAGCGCAGCAUAAAGAAACUGGAGAACAAAGUCUUCAUCAAGACUUGGCGGGUUCAGCACUUGCAGAUGCACAAAUAUUUCCGUCCAUUUCAACAUGCUGUUCCUGAAACCGACACGGCCUCUGGUGUAAACUACAACAGCAGCACUGAUAUGACGCUGAUGAAACCACUUCCACCAGCAGGCAAUUUAAUUGUACACGACAAAGAUUGUUCUGAGCUGUUUGACAGACUGAGACCAGCAAGUGGUUUCUACCGCAUCAGACCCAAAUUACACCAGGAGCCUUUUUUGGUCUACUGUGACAUGGAGGAUGGAGGAGGAUGGACAGUGUUUCAGAGGCGCCGGCAUGGAAAAGUUGACUUCAAUAGAGACUGGGUCGACUACCGAGAUGGCUUUGGUGACUUUAAACUAUGGAAUGAUGAGUUUUGGUUGGGGAAUGAGCGCAUGUAUUCUCUGCUCUCAGAAGGUAAUAACCUGGUGAAGAUAGAUCUAAUGGACUGGGAUGGACAGAGAAGUCAUGCAUUUUAUGAGAACUUCAGGAUCACUGAUGAAGCCGAUAAGUAUCGUCUCCAGUAUGAACAUUACAGUGGCCAAGCUGGAGAUGCUCUGACUGGUGGUGGGGGGAUGGUGGAGCAGUGGUCUGCUUGCCUCAGCGGCAUGCAGUUCAGUACUAGGGAUCAGGACAAUGACCGCUACAUUCAGGGCAGCUGUGCCAAGGAGAAUAAGGCGGGAUGGUGGUUCAACAGAUGUCAUGCAGCCAACCUGAAUGGGAAGUUCUACAGCAAAGGGAAGUACAGGGGUCAGUAUGACAAUGGUGUGGUUUGGGGGACCUGGAAAGGCCUUUGGUAUUCCCUUCGACACACCACCAUGAAGGUGCGGCCUCUGGUUUUCUUGGAUGCUGUGGGCAGUGGAGCAGGGGAAAUUUAAAAACACCG